UGCGGCACAUCCCGCCAGAAAUCGUUAGUCAAUGUCAAAUGUACGUUUUCACUUUGAUUUCGCUCGCAUGAUCGCUACUUACAGUUGAUGAUUUACGGGCUAGGUUUCAUUAUUUGGUUAAUAUAAUUGAGCACUUUAAAGCAUAAUGGCAGAUUCCGAAGGAUGGGCCCAGGAGAAUGACUUUUCCAAUUUUCAGUCGAAAGACAAUUUCAACUUGAAUAAAGUCACUGACAUCGAUGGUAUACCAACUUUAGCCAUUGAUGUGAAAUUUAAUAAUGCACCCUUAGAAAAAGAGGAGAAAAAGCAACAAAAAAGAAAAAACACAAUUUCAACGGUUGAAUUAGAACGCAAACAGCUUGCGGAAGAAAAUUAUCAGCGUGAACUUCAUGAGAAACGAUAUAAACGAUUGAUGCACUUACUGAAUCAAAGUAAAUUUUAUUCAAGUUAUCUAAAAGAUAAGAUAAAUGAACCAAGGAAGGAACCAAGUAAAGCAGUAUCUCCCAAAAAGAAGAAACGUCGCUUUGUUAACAAUGAAAAUGUACCACCAAAGAAAUUAAGCAAGGUUGAUUCAGGAAAGUACAACAUGCAAGUAUAUUUGACAGAUAUAAACAAAGUACAAGUAAAAAGGAAAAAAAUGUUAAGUACAGAAGAAAUAGAAGUUAAGUUGGCGGAAGAUUCAGACACUGAAGCAAAUGUGCCUGCUGAUAAUGCAGCUAUUACACCAAAAUACUUUUGUGGUGAUUUGCGCGAUUAUCAGCAAAUAGGUUUGAAAUGGUUGAAGACACUCUACGAAAAUGCCUUAAAUGGGAUUUUAGCUGAUGAAAUGGGUCUUGGGAAAACGAUACAGGUGAUAGCCUUCAUAUGUCAUCUGAUGGAGAAAAAACAACCUGGACCUUUCUUAAUAAUUGCACCACUCUCCACAAUACCAAAUUGGUUGAUGGAAUUUGAAAGAUUUGCUCCUGAUAUACCAGUUUUGUUGUUUUAUGGCAGUAGUGAAGAAAGAAAAGCUGCAUACAAACAGAUUAAGAAAAAGCAUCAUGUUGAAGAUGAUUAUAAAACGCAGCCCGUUGUAAUCACCACUUAUGAGAUAAUACUAAAGGAAACUAGAUUCUUUCAGUCUGAACAAUGGAGAUACUUUGUAAUUGAUGAGGGACAAAGAAUAAAAAAUUCCAAGUGCUUACUAGUCAAAGUCUUGAAAACGCUACAAUGUACGAAUAAGCUUGUACUGACUGGAACUCCACUGCAAAAUGAUUUAGCCGAAUUAUGGUCCUUGCUGCAUUUUCUUCUACCAGAUAUCUUUGAUGAUCUAUCUGUGUUUGAAUCUUGGUUUGAUGCCAAAGAAUUUCAACAUAAUGAAGGUAAUAGCAAUUUUUGGAAACAAGAAGAAGAGAAACAUGUGCUAGCAUCGUUGCGCGAAAUCUUAAAGCCGUUUAUGCUAAGACGAGAAAAGGAGGACGUAUGUUUGGAGAUUCCCCCCAAGAAGGAAUUAAUUGUUUAUGCGCCACUUACGCAACUGCAACAUGAUCUGUAUAGAGCCGUAUUGAAUUACGACUUUGCAACGUUGACUAAAAUCGAACAAUCAGACUUGAUUAUACCGAAUGUGAAUGAUAAAAGACCGAAAAGAAAGUGCGUUUUGAAAAGUAAAUACGGAUCUGUCGAAGACGAUUUCUCGAAUACAUCUGGGAGUUCCUUGUUAAGCAAACAAGACGAAGAUAGUAAUGAUACGGACACGUGGAAAGGGAUGACACCUGUAGAAGAGAAAAAUUUAUCAUUAUGGAAACAGUAUACCGAUGUUACAGAACGUAACAGGGACUUUCUUAUUCGCAUUCAGUUUCAACGUAGACUUACAAUGUACAAGAAGAUCGUGAAUCAUCCAUACUUGGUUCACUGCCCACUGGAUUCAGUCGGUUUGCCAAAAAUCGACAAUGAUUUGAUCAGAUCUUCAGGAAAACUCUUAGUGCUGGACGCUAUGUUGAUGAAACUCAAGGCGCAAGGUCACAAAGUUCUGUUGUUUUCGACAUGGACCAUGAUAUUAGAUAUGAUCGAAGAUUAUCUCAUGUUACGAAAUUAUAAAUAUGUGAGAUUAGACGGUCUUACUAAGAUAGAACAAAGGAAAGAGGAUAUUCAAGCUUUCAAUAACAAUCCGGAGAUAUUCCUCUUCCUUAUAUCCACUAAAGCUGGUGGAGUCGGAUUAAAUCUCGCGGGUGCCGACACUGUUAUCAUGUACGAUAGCGAUUGGAAUCCACAAGUAGAUAUACAAGCUAUGGCGCGCUGCCACAGGAUAGGACAAACAAAACCUGUGGUAAUCUAUAGACUUUGUACUAAGGGAACGAUUGACGAAACGAUCAUUAAGCGCGCUGACGCUAAACGGUUCCUGGAAAAAAUGGUUAUUUCAAAACAACUGCCCGUAACAUUUUUUAAUAAAGAUACUGUGCUAAAAUUGAAGCAGGUAAUGGAAUCCAAAGAAUAUAAAGUUGUUGCGUCUGAAAAAGAAGUAUUUACAGAAGCGGAGCUGAACAAACUGUUAGAUAGAAGUGAUAUGAUUAACAAGGACAAGUGAAUUUAAACAAACUUUUUUUUUUUAAUUUUAUUUUAUUUUAUUAUUUUAUUUUCUGUUUUAUUUCCUAUUUUAUUUCCUGAUAAAUUCAAGUCAAAUUGGAUAAUGUGAGAAACAACAUACACAAUUCUCAGAAAAAGAUUGAAAGUCAAGAAUAAUGAUUAUUAUGUUUAUUUUUAUAUAAUUAUUUAUUUUCUAAUCGAGUUAAUUUCAAUUGAUAACGCUAGAAAUAAAUGCGGGCAACAACAAUUUUUGAAAAUGUUCUGUAACAUCCAAAGUGUCAUAGAUUUUAUCGCGUUUCAUUACGUCAUUAUAAAAAAAGCGAAAAUAUCAAUACCAGUGAAUAGAUGUGUUGAAAUAAUACAAGUUCCAUGAUGUGUCUUUAUAUAAUAUUUGUACAAGUUUUCUAAUAAAAUUCAUUUGUGUGAAGGAAA